GUUUCUCUCUUUCGGUUCACGGAUUUUGAUGACGAACUGAGCCGACGAGAGUAAACCAGUUUAGUGUGUGAGUAGAGCUUGUGGUAUGCAGACGAAAAUUAAAGUAGCAGCACUAGGUUUUUACAGCGAGAUAAAGAAAAAAAAGUGCAAAGGAAAAACUUUAUCUUUAGCGAAACACGCAGUUUUGCGUAUCAACGGGACGGACGGGGACACCGAAUGUGACACAUUCGGGGGGAACGUAUUGUGUGUGAUUGCUUCAAGCAGGAAUUUUCUGGAACAGUUGGAAUAAUCCAGGUACCAUCACAUCAAUUUUCCCAUCCGUCGGACUAGGAAAAAGAAGGGGCGUUUACGUGGUUCAUCGAUUGGACGGACCGUUGGGUUUUGGCUCUGGCAAAUUUGGUGAAAUCGCAGUGGAACUAGUUUUGCCUUUAAAAACAGAUUAGCCCUUUUGCGGACUGCUGCGGACGGGACGGCUGAACUGGUUGGAUCGAACGGGCUGAAAAAGAAAAAUGGACACUCUUGCCGCUGAUGGUGACCUUCAUCAGGCGGAGCUACUGUCAAUCGAAGCUUUGGUGAAUGAAUUCUACCAUCCGAGCACGUCCAAUGUACGGAAGCACACGAUCGAAGGCCAUCUGCAGCAGUUUCAGCGAGCGCCGCACGCUUGGGCGCUGUGUCUGCACAAUCUAAACCAGUUCAACAACCAGUAUUUUUGGUUCUUUAAUGUAUCGACCGUGGAGGUGACCAUUAGCCAACGGUGGCUAUCGCUGGAGGAGAUCCGGAGGAGUCAGAUCCGAGAUUCACUGUGGGCGACGUUUGCGGGAUUCUCGCAUGACAUUCCGGGGCUGCAGCGGGAUAAGAUUGCCCAGCUGGUGGCGCUGGUUGGUAAACGGCAGUUUCCGGAGGAACAUCCCGACUAUAUGAAUCAGGUACUGGAACUGCUCAAAAGUAAGUUCACACUGGGCAUCACGCUGCUCCGGGCAACUUCCGACGAAAUCAGCAGCACCAAGGCCGACAUCACAAGCGACCGGCAGAAGUAUCUUUCCUACUGCGUCUCAAUGUACCUGCCCUCGGUGUUCGACAUACUGGAAAAAUACGCCGAACUGUGCAUCACUCGAACCAGCUGCAAGAACGGCAUCAGCUUGGUCCAUCUACCGGCACCAUUCGGUGAAGAUUCCCGCCUAGAGCAAGCCACCACCGAUCUGUUGAUCUGUGUGCAGCAAAUCUUCUCCUGGGCUCCGCUGGACAACAUCACAUCACCGGAUUUCUUUCAAAGUCUGUUCGUACUAGCCCGCUGGAACGAUUCCUACAAUGAUGUGUCGAUUUCCGCACUGACCACCAUAUCGGAACUGUUCUACCGGCAGAAACCGCUGCCCCUACCAACGGUAAUUGCCUCCGGUGUGAUCGAUUUGCUACAACAGCCCAAUCUGAAGUUGUCCAACGAGCUGUACCAGGACAAGCUGACGGAACUGCUGCGACUGUUCACCGGUCAGCAGUGGGCCAAGUGGAGUAAGGAUCCACAUUUUCCUGCGAUAAACUAUCUGAAUGCACUGUUUCAGUAUACAUUUUUCGGUUAUGGGGCACUAGCGUUCACCGAGCGGUUAGUCAUUUGGACUCCCAUCGUGCAGGGGGCGGCGGCUGCCGGUGAGAAUGGUACCGUCAACAAGUACAUCGAUAAGCUGGUAGCACUGGCCUCCGGAACGGUCAAACGGAUGCUAUUUCAGUACGAUUUCGAUCAGCAGUUGGAGAUGUUGGAUAGUGAGGAGUUGGAUGAAGAGAACGAAACAGAGUUGCAACAUUUUUUCAAUCAGUGCAUCGACACAAUCGCAUUGAUAGCAGAGAUUGAUCCCGUUCGGGUGUACGAUGCAGUAUUCUUGGAGUUUGCGUCCAGCGCUAGUAGCCCGUAUGGCGAGGUCCUGUCGACGGUUGGUUUACUGCGAAAUGGGACCAGCCAUAGUGUACCGCGAGCAUUACUGCUGGACGAGGAUGGUCACACGGGGUUGCGCUGCAAGUUCCGUGACUUUAUUUCUCUGUGCCAAAUCAUUACCCGGAUCAGUCCGGUGCUGCACGAACGAAGCGAACGGAUCGGUGUUUCCUUGGGACUUCUAAUUCAGUCGCUGGUCAAACUAGUCGAUAUAGUUUCCGGUGCACCAGGUGAUCCACUGGAAUACUUUUUCGCCCACUCGGUUUCGCUGGCCGGCGAGCUGGUAGAGGUGUUCGGUCAAACUCUCAUCACACUGCGGAGCCUGGUGCUCGUAUCGCACAUUCCAAUCGGGGAGGAAGAGAUGAUGCAUUUCGUGGGUAGCAUUCCGAGGUUCUUGUCGCCUCCGCAGAAAGUUAAACGAGACCAGCUGAAAACGUUGACCAGUGCAGCAGCUCAGCUUCUACUCAGUGUUAGUGCCAAUCUGCGACCGAAAUACCUCGUGCAAUUUAUAAAACCUUUGGUCCACAGUGACCUACGCCAUCUGGAGCGAACGACGGCUCUUACGGUACGGCGAGCUAUUUGCAACUGCUUCGUUCUACCGUGGGUCCAAUGUUCCGCGGAAGAGCAAAACUUCGACAGACGAGGAGCUCUUCUACUGGAAUACGUUGCAUUUAUUGCCGGUGAUUUGAUUAGGUUAGACUUGGGACAUAGUUUCGGUACUAUCAAUUCCACGCUGGAUUACGGCCAGGAGGAAAAGAUCGUUUCGGUUGCGACAACCGUACUGACCACGCUGCGAGAACUGCUCGAUUACUACCAGGAGCAGAGUAGUUCCGUUAAGCUGAUGCUAGCCAGCGCGUAUAAACCUGUGAUAGAGAAAACACUCACCAUUUACAGUGCUGCCAGUAGCAAAAACUGCGUGCUGAUCGAGCAAAUAUUCGAUUUCUGUUUGGGUAUUAUUAGGACACUGCAGAUCCAACUUGGUCAAAUGUUCCUUAAGAGCAUAAUUCAACUGUUCCUGGAAAAGUCGAAAACGGAUCAGAUUAGCGUUCAACGGUACCGUUCGUUGAACAUACUGCUUAAAAUUUUUCUUCUGAUCGUUGAACAACCGGGAAAUACUUCACUGCUGCCGGAUAUCUUAACCUUUUCAAUCGAACACGUACUACCGUUGGUCUUCUGCUCGGAUUAUACCAGCAAGAGCGAACAGAGCGACCACGCCGAUUUCAGCCUCUCGCUGUAUCUGCUGUUCAAUGGGAUUCUGCUGCAGCGAUGGCAGUACUUUUACAAAUCUAGCGUACUAAAACAAAUCUCCCACACGGCAACGGGUGAGAUCGUACAGCCGCAGUCGACGCUGGAACACUCGGAUCAAUUCGGGGCCAUUAUGAAUGCCUACGGGCAAGCGAUCGUAUGCUCGAACGAUCCGCACAUCACCCGGGCCACGCUUCAGUCGCUGCAGGUACUGAACGAACGCUGGAAACUGUACCAGCGAGAGUUCUUCCGCACCAAUCUGCUGCAGUCGUUCGAGGCGGCAAUCAUCAAGGCGCUGAUCGCACCGGAAGGUAUUCUGCACUAUGAACUGUUUCUGGCCGUGCUGUACAGUAUGGGCGAGGUGGAGAUGAAGCGACUGCACGAAACCUUUGUCGGGAUCGGUUUUCCGGCCGAUUCGCAGCAGGUGGAGGAGGUUUGCCUGGCGACGGACUAUCCAACAUUCGCGCAUCGCAUGAAUCAGCUAGUGCAGGAUACCAAAUGUGGCCAGUUGAAUGGGAUUGUCUAAUAGGACCCCGGUGCAACAAAGUUGCAAUGCCAUCAACCAGCAGCAGGGAGCAACCGAAAUCAAACAAAUCAACAUCGGACUCAGUACUUUUCUCUAUCCAUCAUUUAUCUUCUACAUUCACUCAAAUAACAUCCACACACACACCCUUUCUCCAGCUUGCGUUUCGAUGCUGCGCAACAGGAGUCGAAAGAAACGCGUGGGGCAGAACUGAAAUUCACGAUAAUUCCAUAUUUUACUAAUACUAGAACCUAGUAAAACAGAAAUUAAGAAAUACCCGCUAACGUUGAGAAAGGAUAACCAAUUUUUAAAAUUUGUCUCAAAUCGACGGUGUACGCCAAUUCGUUUUUUUGUUGGGUAACUGCGGGACAGCGAGCCGACGAACAAACAGUGUUUGCUCUCCUCUAUUGUAGAACCUCUACCGGUAGACGGUAGGUCAAAUUCCGAACCUCGAAUUCGGUAAUGUUCCGCUUUCCUUUCUUUUUUUUCUCUUUUGUAAGUUUUACGUAUUUGUAUUUCGUUUAAUUUUGUUAUAUAUUAAACAGGAAAAUCAGGUAUAACACAUUUGCUUUACAGCCGAGCGAUGAUCAGCUGAAUCGCUGUUACAGCUCCUAAUAAAAAUCUAAGUCGUAACAUUAUCGUUUAAGGUUUUAUUUUAUAAUCAAUUGUAACAUGUGAUAUUGAAAAUGAAUAGAUUUUUAUAAAAUCUUGCUCUAUCGAUUAUAAAA